AUGGAGUUCAUUUGGCUGUACUCCCUGUGCCAGUGCACUCUUUCUUUAUUUCUGAUUGUGGUCAGUGUGAGAUUGUGCAUGGCGGUCAGCAGCAGCAGAGCUGUGGCUGACGUCCACCAGGAAGAACAGGGUGGUGGGGUACAACCUGGAAGUGUGUCAUCCUGUCUCCGCCUGUGCCUGGGCUGUGUUGGGGCCGUGGGUGGGGCAGUGGGAGUUCCUGUGACUCUGCUGCUCAACCUGCGAACACCCCACUGUCUCUACACAUGCAUGACACUUGUGUGUUGCCCUUUGCUGAUCCGACAGUUUACCAUGUUCCUGUUAAUGCUGCUCACACUGGACACCCACCUGCAGCAUCAUUUGGCAGACAGAUACUCUUCAGUGGUGACCCGUCGGCGAGCUCUGUGUGUGGUCCUGUUGUGCUGGUUGGGGUCAGUUCUCUCGUCCUUCGCCCAGUUCAUAGGCUCUGACGUCCUCAGCUCCUCCAGAACUGAUGGCUCUAGUGUCAGCACCGAAGGUCAUGGAUUAGAAGCCAACUGGACCACCUCCUCACCCCCUCUUACAACAACCCCUGUACCAAGGUACUUUCAUGACCGUAAGGUAAUUGGGAAGUUCCUCCCAUAUGGAGGUUUCUUGUCAAAGUUUUAUGUGGAGGAUAUGAGCAACUUCACCUACGCAGAAAUCCACAGCAGCCACUGGGGCAUGUGCGCUCCUGAUGCUAUCCUAAGCCCACAGUUCAUCGUCUACGUUCAUGGAAUGACUGUCUUUAUCCUGCCAUUUCUUUUCUUACUGGCCAUUUACUUUGACUUUCUGUGCAGUAAGCCAAAAAAGCCUCUUUUCAACUACACUAUUCCUGAGAAACGAUCCCAUUUGCUCUGCUUUCUGGUCCUUUCCAUGUCUCUUUUGGUUAUGCUUUGCCUACCACUCUAUAUCAUCCAGGUUCUCUUGCUUUUUAACCCCCAUACCCAUCUACCUUUUUGGGCCCAUGCAGGUGCCCUAUUCCUCUUUCAGACAUAUACUCUGGUUCCCCCAGUCCUCUUUACUCCUGCAAGGAAGCAAGUGGGGGAGCAGCGGGCAUCCUUUCAACUUGCUGUUCCCAACCUCCAGCCUUCACUUUCUCAUUUCAGAGGAAAGUCUGUCCACAUGGCACUGCGUGAGGUAAUGCAAACAGUUCCGUGGUCUUCAGCUAAAAAUUCCCUCAAAGCUAAAGUGCGCCCAGAGGCCUGA